AAACCUAUUACAGUACCUCUUUCCCGCGAGAGGCGUCGCUGUACAAUCACAAUCUACAUCAACACAAUGCUGACACAUUUCUUCCGCCUGGUUGCCCAGGUCAACAAUGAUGAAAUUACGAUCGAGGAUGCAGCAGCUAUACUUUCUAGCUUGAUGACCGAUGAUGAACACCUCGCUUUGUUGCAAGGCAACCGGUCUCUUACACAAUACCUCUCGGACAACAAAGCCUCGCCAUAUCCAGCCUCCGUGGUAUCCCGCGUAGGGGUACCUGGCAUCCACAUCGUCGAUGGAGUGCGGCAAGCCUUCUUCACAGAAUUUCCCAGUCCGUUAGGCAGAGCGGCAUCUUUCGAUUGCCAUCUAGAAGAGCUUAUUGGGGAAGCUAUCGGUAUAGAAGUACAAGCACAUGGCGGUAAUGUGUACAGUGGCAUCUGUCUCAAUGUCACUCGUCGAUCAGACUGGGGCCGAGCUCACGAAUCGUACGGAGAAGACCCUUUUGUCAUCAGCCGAAUGGGCAGUGCAGCUGCAAGAGGUGCUCGCAAGCAUGUCAUGGUAGCCGUCCGCCACUUCGCAAUGAAUUCGAUGGAAGCGCUUCGAGAGGAUGGCAAGAUCACAUGUGACGAGAAGACGAUGAACGAACUCUUCUUGCAGCACUUCAAGGAAGUCCUGUAUGAGAGCGGCGCCGAGGCUGUUGUAUCUGCAGGCAACCUCGUUAAUGGUGUUGCAUGUGCGGAGAACCCAGCUCUGCUGAACGGCAUUCUGAGGCAACGCUGGAAGCUGGACAACUUGGUAGUGGCCAGCGAUUGCACAUGGCCUGUCAAAAGUGGAACGGCGUCAAUUAAAGCAGGUCUGGAUCUUGAGUUGCCCUUCAGCGCUGGAGGAAGAACACAAGCGGUCGAAAAUGCCCUUGAACAUGGUACAUUAAACUGGUCCGACAUUCAAGUCAUGACCGAGCGCAUCUUGAGAUGUCAACUACGAUACUACUGCCGCACAAUACAGAUGCCAACACCGGAUCCGGAGAAAAUUCGCUGCCAACGCCACAUUGGUCUUGCUCGACGAUCGGUAGCCGAAUCUAUGGUGCUCCUCAAGAACGACAAUAACUUCCUGCCUUUGAAUGGGGCCUCACAGAUCAAGCUAUCUGUUCUAGGAGUACUUGCCGACAGAGUCAGUACAGCACAUCAAUUCGACACAGCAUCUCACGCCCAAGGACCACCCGGCACGAGUCCACUGGAAGAACUUCGCAAAAGACACAACCUCUCUAUCGAGUACAUGGAUGGUAGCCAGAAAACCCACGUCAUCAACUCUGCUCUGGCUGCCAAUGUGGUCAUCCUGUUCAUCCGCCCUUCCAGUAAAUCUGAGCCUUCGCUCAAACGACGCCGCUUCUCCGACUACUUCAAAUCUCGUAAGGAGAGAUCACUGAGUCAGCAGCGCGAGGCCAUGACCGGUUUCCGAGACCGUAGCCAUCUCACUCUGGACUCAUCAGAUCUCGAAACAGCCAAAGCAGUCCUAUCGGUCGCGGGUCAGAAGACAGUGGUAGUCAUCGAAGCCGGCACAAGCGUCACAAUACCCGCCUUUGUUAGACAAAAGGCCACCGCAAUUCUGUUCUCGAGCUACGGAUGCCGGCAAUAUGGCAAAGGACUACGAGAUGUCCUGUUCGGCGAGCAAGAACCAUCAGGGCGCUUACCCUUUGUCCUCCCAGAUACAGAGCAACAACUUCUAGGCAAAGAAAGCACCACCUCAUCACACGAAUUCAAAUACGACGACAAAUGGGGCUACAGAAAACUCCAACAAGAACAGCAAAAGCCCGCCUACCCCUUCGGUUUCGGUCUCGGCUACUCCAGCUUCACACUGAAUUCCAUCUGGUGCUCCCACCCCAUCAUAAAAUCAUCCUUCGACAUGACCGUAAACGCCACAAACAUCGGCACCCGCGCUUCCGCAGUGGUAAUCCAAAUCUACGCCUCCCGACGCUCUCGCCGUGAUAGCGCUUCCGUCAGCAUAAUCUCCCGCAGUCUCAUCGGAUUCGCAAAAGAAGUCAUCAAGCCAGGAGAAAACAGUGAGAUUGCAGUUACAUGUAGAAUAAGUCCUCUGGCGGAAUUCAGAUCUAGUAGCAGUAAAAUGGUUGUUGCGGAAGGAGAGUACGAUUUAUUCGUUAGUCAGUACGAGGGCGAUAGCAGGGCUUUGAAUUCUGCGUUUCAGAUUUUGAAUGAGGUGGACUGUUGAGAAUGUGCUUUUUUCUUUUUUUCAAACUGGGGGUUUUGCGUUGUGUUUGGUCUUUCGUCUUAUAGAUUUGUUUGUAGAUACCCAUAUAUUGUCUUUCGUUUCCACUUAUAUAGAUACUUUGAAUUCGCAUUUGAGGGUUC